UUCUGCUAAAAUGAGUGCCUCCCAAGAGAGUAAACAAGAGGACGCAGUUUCUGUGAACAGUUUACCUGAAGAGAUUAAUGGAUGCGGCCUCUCACAGGAGAAGGACAAUGAUUCCCGGAGAUCUGAGAAGGAGAGACCAGAGUCUCCUACACCAUCCUGUGUGUCUAUGAAGAGUGACGACUCAAUGCGACAACCGUUCAACUUUAGUAAAGAACCCUGCAGAAGUGACAGAAAUGAGGAGAAGAGAGCAGGGUCUCCUACACCGUCUGGUGUGUCUAUGAAGAGCAGUGACUCAAUGAGACAGCCAUUCAACUUCAGCCAGGAACCAUUAAGGAGUGACAAAGGAAAUGAGAAGAAGAGAGCAGAGUCUCCCACACCUUCCUGUGUCUCUAUGAAGAGCAGUGACUCAAUGAGACAGCCAUUCAACCUCAGCCAGGAACCAUUAAGGAGUGACAAAAGUGUGGAGACUGGAGACCUGGAGCAGCAUCACAGAGCUCUGGAGGUGUUCUGUAAGACUGACCAGACAGACAUCUGUAAAGUCUGUGCAGUGGAGGAGCACAAAGGCCACAGUAAACUGUAUAGGGAGAUUUCUAAUGUACCAGACACACCAAGCCUUCUGCAGCUCAUCUUAGGGAACAUGAAGACAGACAUCUUCAAUAGCUAUAAGAGAGAACUGAGUGAGAACUAUCCAGAGUGCCUGGGAACUCAACAGGAGGAUCUCAGCAUCUCCGGUGUUGUUGAGAAGAUGCUGGAGAGCUUCGGAGAACAGGGAGCUUUGAGGAUUACGCUUUACCUUUUGGAUGUUGCUCUUUCCUUAAGAAAGGUCCAAACAGACAAUAAAACAAAUCUGAAAAAUAAAUUUCUACAUGUGUCAGAGGGAAUUGUUCCACAAGGAAAAUCAACCAUUUUGACUGACAUCUACACAGAGCUCUACAUCACAGAGGGUGGGAGUGGAGAGGUCAAUAAUGAACAUGAGGUCAGACAGAUUGAGAUGACCUCGAAGAGACAAGUCACCACAGAGACUCCAAUCAAAUGCAAUGAUAUAUUUACAACACUUACUGGACAAAGAAAACAAAUCAGAACAGUGCUGACGAAGGGGAUAGCUGGAAUUGGAAAGACUGUCUCUGUUCAAAAGUUUAUUCUUGACUGGGCUGAAGGAAAAGCAAAUCAAGAUAUCAUAAAUGUCAUAGUCCCUCUACCUUUCAGAGAUCUUAAUUUGAAGAAAGAAAACUGCAGUCUUAUCCAGCUUCUUUAUCAACAUGCUCCAGAGCUUAAAGGGAUAAGAGAUAUUGAAAAUGAACAAGUCAAAAUGCUCUUAAUUUUUGAUGGUCUGGAUGAGUGUCGAUUUCCUCUAGAUUUCCAGAACACAGAGAUUUGCUGUGAUGUGACAAAGUCAACCUCAGUGGAUGUGCUGCUGACAAAUCUCAUCAAGGGGAAUCUGCUUCCCUUUGCCCUCCUCUGGAUAACCUCCCGACCAGCAGCAGCCAGUCAGAUCCCUCCUGAGUUUGUUCACCAGGUCACAGAGAUCCGUGGAUUCAGAGAUGCUCAGAAGGUGGAGUACUUCAAGAAAAGAAUCAGUGAUCAGAGCUUAGCCAACAGAAUCAUUACACACAUCAAAUCAUCAAGGAGUCUCUACAUCAUGUGUCACAUACCAGUCUUCUGUUGGCUUUCAGCCACUGUUCUUGAGAAUAUGAUGAGUGAUGCAGGAACUGGUGAAAUACCCAAAACUCUGACUGAGAUGUACACACACUUCCUGCUCACACAGAUUAGCUUGAAGAACAAGAAGUACCAUGGACUCACCGAAGAAAACCCGAAGAAGCUGACUGAAUUAGACAGAGAGAUGAUCAUGAAACUGGGAAAACUGGCUUUCCAACAGCUGGAGAAGGGAAGUCUGAUAUUCUAUGAAGAUGACCUGAGAAAAUGUGGCAUUGACGUUGGUGAAGCUUCAGAGUACUCUUCAGUGUGCACAGAGAUCUUUAGAGAGGAGUUGGGACUGUAUAGAGAAAAGGUUUACUGCUUUGUGCAUCUGACCAUUCAGGAACAUCUUGCUGCAGUGUAUGCACAUGUUUCAUGUGUGAAAGAGAGUACAAAUGUUUUCCUCACAGAAAAAUCCAGAAGCGAAGGAGAUACGUUGAAGCUGUCUGACCUGCACCAAAGUGCAGUGACCAAAGCCCUGCAGAGUGAGAAUGGACACCUGGACCUUUUCCUCCGCUUCCUGCUUGGCCUCUCACUAGACUCCAACCAGAUUCUUCUACAAGACCUUAUGACCAAAAACAGCUCAGAAUUGACAGAACACAGUGCUGUGGAGACCAUUAAAACCAUUCAGAGGAAGAUUACAGAGGAAUCAUCACCAGACAGUAUUAUAAAUCUAUUCCACUGUCUGAGUGAGCUGCAUGACAACUCUCUAUUGGAGGAAGUCCAGACUGAAUGCAGAUUGGGAACUCUCUCCACUAAAAAGAUGAGCCCAGACCAGUGUUCAGCUCUGGCCUAUACGCUGCUGAUGUCAGAGGAGGUGCUAAGCUUGUUUGACCUGAAGAGAUACAAAACAACAACAGAAGGUCAGCACAGGCUUCUCCCAGUACUGAGGACCUGCAGGAAGGCCAGACUUGAUCAGUGUCAUCUCUCAUCUGAAUCAUGUGUAACUGUGGCUUCAGCUCUCUGGUCAGUGAACUCAACCCUGGGAGACCUGGACCUCAGUUACAAUAACCUGACAGAUUCAGGAGUGAAGUUGCUCUUUGCAGGAAUGAGGAGUUCUAACUGUAAACUAGAGAAACUUAAACUCUCUUGGUGUGGUCUUACUGAACACUGCUGUGAAGAUCUGGCCUCAGUUUUUAGAUCUCACCACUCUAAGCUGAAAGAGCUGGAUCUGAGAGAUAAUGACCUGUGCGAUUCAGGAGUGAAGCAGCUCUCUGAUGGACUGGGAUAUCCUUACUGUAAACUGGAGAAACUGGGACUGUCGGGCUGUCUAAUCACAGAGGAAGGCUGUGAUUCUCUGGCGUCAGCCUUGAGAUCAAACCCCUCACACCUCAGAGAGCUUGACCUGAGCUACAAUCACCCAACUGGCUCAGGGUUGAAUCUGCUCUUGACUCUACGUAAGGAUCCACAGUACACACUGGAGGAAUUGAUGUUGUCUUCCUGUCUAAUCACAGAGGAGGGCUGUGCUUCUCUGGCCUCAGCUCUGCACUCAAACCCCUCACACUUGAGAGAGCUGGAUUUGAGCUAUAAUCACCCAGGAGAUUCAGGGGGGAAGCGGCUCUCUACUCUUUUAGAGGAUCCACAUUGUAAACUGGAGAAACUGUCGCUAAGGGAGUGUAAUCUGACCAAGGGCUGCUGUGGAGAUCUAGCCUCAGCACUGGCAUCUCCUAAUUCCAGCCUGAGAGAGCUGGAGUUGAGAGACAACUACUUGAGAGAUUCAGGAGUCGAAUUGCUUUUGGCUGGACUUAAGAAUCCAAACUGUAAACUACAGUCAGUAGGACUAAGAGAAUGUGGCCUCACAAAGUGGUGCUGUGAAGAUCUGGCCUCAGUGAUGCAAUCUACCCUCUCCAUGCUGAGAGAGCUGGAGCUGAGAGACAAUGACCUACAAGAUUCAGGGGUGGAGCACCUCUCUCCUGGACUGAAGGAUGCAAACUGUAAAUCAGACAAACUAGGGCUAUCAGCCUGUCUGAUCACAGAGCAAGGCUGUGCUUUUCUGGCCUCAGCUCUAAAAUCAAAUCCUUCACACCUGAAUGAGUUGGAUCUGAGUGACAAUCAUCCAGGAGGCUCAGGACUGAAACUGCUCUCUGCUUUACCAGACAAUCCAGACUAUAAAUGGAAGAAACUACAGUAA